AGAUGGUGGACACAUGUGAGGAACUCUCACGACUUGCAACAUAUUUAGGUGUUUCUUGUGGAAAGAUUUCAUUUGACGGGAAAGAAAAGGUACCAGUUUUGAAAGUCCAAAACAACUCUAAUCCUAAAGGGCUGGUUACUGUAGCAAAAUAUUUAACAAGAUCCAGUCAGCAUGCUGAUGCUCUUUUAGGAGCAACACAGGAAGAUAAGGCAGCUGUUGACCAGUGGCUGGAGUACAGAGUUACACAUAUUGAUCGGUCCACUCAGGAUAAAGAUGUCACAAGUUGUCUCAAGGAGCUAAACCAGUAUUUAGCAGACAAAGUGUACAUAAUGGGCAACUGGCUGACCUUGGCCGAUAUCCUCCUUUACAAUGGUCUCGUCAAAAUCGUAGGUGGUCUGACAUUUUACGAAAAGGAAACAUUUGUGAACUUAUCCCGAUGGUUUGAUAAUAUACAACACCAGACUGCUGUCAGACAGACUUUGGAGUUAGUGCCAUUCCAAAGAAACCAGCUUUACAGAGGGGUCAAAGUUCACUGAUAUCUAACUUAUCAUGUUUUGUAUAUAUUUAUCAUCCACCAAUAAAUACAUGUUUAUCAUCAAA